CGCUGACGGAAGUGCACUUGGCUGAGCGGAAGUAGGGGAUCUUAGAGGCUGGGAAGGUGAAGACGAGAGGAGCUGUGCAGCUAACUUCGGCUUCCCCUUCCUCACUGAUCCAGCAUGGGGGAGAAGUCAGAAAACUGUAGGGUUCCAGAGGAUCUUUUCAAUGGUUUGAAAGUUACCGAUCCCCAGGAAGCAGAGUGUGCUGGCCCUCCAGUUUCUAAUACCAAAGAUCACCAUUUGCAGAGCAAGCUGCUCAAGGAGGCUGAAGUGCAUCCCCAGGAGGACCAGGAAGAAGAGGAGUGUUUUCAUGACUCUAGCACCUCAUUUGAGAAGGAGGAGGAGGAGCCAGGAGUGGACAGGGUUGAAAACAAAUCUGAUGAUGAUGUGAAUUCCUCUGAACUAGAUGAAGAAUACCUAAUAGAACUGGAAAAAAACAUGCCAGAUGAAGAGAAACAGAAGAGAAGAGAAGAGAGCACUAGACUAAAGGAGGAGGGGAACGCGCAGUUUAAGAAAGGAGAUUAUAUAGAAGCUGAGAGUUCUUAUAGUCAAGCCCUUCAGAUGUGCCCAUCUUGCUUCCAGAAAGACAGGUCUAUUCUGUUUUCAAAUAGAGCUGCUGCAAGGAUGAAACAGGACAAGAAAGAGAUGGCCAUCAGUGACUGCAACAAAGCAAUUCAGUUAAACCCCAGCUAUAUCAGGGCAAUAUUGAGGAGAGCGGAGUUGUAUGAGAAGACUGAUAAACUAGAUGAAGCCCUGGAGGACUAUAAAUCCAUAUUAGAAAAAGAUCCAUCGAUCCAUCAGGCGAGAGAAGCUUGCAUGAGAUUGCCUAAGGAGAUUGAAGAACGUAAUGAAAGGCUAAAGGCAGAGAUGUUAGGUAAACUAAAAGAUCUUGGGAACUUGGUUCUUCGACCUUUUGGACUGUCCACUGAAAAUUUCCAGAUCAAACAGGAUUCCUCUACCGGUUCCUACUCCAUCAAUUUUGUUCAAAAUCCAAAUAAUAACAGAUAACAAAGUUAACAGUAGCUUUUAAAGCUGCCUUGGAGAUUGUGUGCUGCUCGCUGUUAGCAAGGGGGAAGGCCCUGCCAAUAUCUAACUUUUAAAAGCAUCUUAUCUCAAAGACAGGCUAUCUGCUAGGGCCCAUAGUGCUCCCUUCUCCCUCUUGUUUUAUGAUCCAGGUGAAAUGCACUUCUGAUGUAAUAAGCCUAAUUUGAUUUCCACAUUAAGGUGGUGUCUGUGCAGCUGUUACCUUUGAUUCUGGCUGACCUUUGCUUUGUCCGGGCGGAAGCCUGCUUGUCAAAGCUGACCUCCCUGAACUAUACACGCAAGCCCAGCCAUAGUGUCUCCUGGCCUGAGCCAGGUUUGGAGACUACCCAGACAUGAUUCAUGAGGUCCCUGCCUGCUGCCCCCUCUCCCUGAUUACACACACUGCCCAGGCCACCGGGCAUGGGCUCUGGCGUCUCCUGGUUUCCUCUGUGGUAAUAAACGCUUUCUGUGACGUUCUGA